UAUGCCUCCCAGCUGUUCCGGCACCCAUAGGGCCUUGUGAGUCUGGGAUCCUUCCCAUCUUACCAAGAGGGAGUUUCUCCAAGUGAAGUAGCCCACGGCUUCCCACCUGGUAAGUGUGGAUCUGAGACCGGAACCCCAGGCUGCCUGGCUCCCAAGUCAGGAUGGGCUUCCUUUGUCCUUCAGCAGACGACCUCCGGGGAACCAGGACAGCUCCAGCGAGCUCCGGGGCUAAGGAGACUUCUGAAAGGACCUCCCAAGCCCAGAGAUCCAGGCCAACGCUGAGCCAGGGCUCUAACCAUCAAGGAGUUGGUCCCUGGGCCGCCAGCAGGGAGUGGGGCUACUGAGCAGCAGGCCAGAGCAAGCAGGCAGGUGGAGCUCUCGCUCCGCACCACGGCCCCUCUGCGGUCUCGGCAGCCGUUUGCAUUUCCUGAAACCGGAUCUCAGUGUUAGAGCCGCCCCUGGGCCGGGCGGGCGCCUCAGCCAUGGCCCUGCGCAAGGAGCUGCUGAAGUCCAUCUGGUACGCCUUCACUGCGCUGGACGUGGAGAAGAGCGGCAAAGUUUCCAAGUCCCAGCUGAAGGUGCUGUCCCACAACCUGUACACUGUCCUGCACAUCCCCCAUGACCCUGUGGCUCUGGAGGAGCACUUCCGGGAUGACGAUGACGGCCCUGUGUCCAGCCAGGGCUACAUGCCCUACCUCAACAAGUACAUCCUGGACAAGGUGGAGGAGGGAGCUUUCGUCAAGGAGCACUUUGAUGAGUUGUGCUGGACCCUGACGGCCAAGAAGAACUACCAAGUGGACAGCAAUGGGAACAGCAUACUCUCCAAUCAGGAUGCCUUCCGCCUCUGGUGCCUGUUCAACUUCCUGUCUGAGGACAAGUACCCUCUGAUCAUGGUUCCUGAUGAGGUGGAGUACCUGCUGAAGAAGGUGCUCAGUAGCAUGAGCCUGGAGGUGGGCUUGGGGGAGCUGGACGAACUGCUGGCCCAGGAGGCCCAGGCGGCCCAGACCACAGGAGGGCUCAGUGUCUGGCAGUUUCUAGAACUCUUCAACUCAGGCCGCUGCCUGCGGGGUGUGGGUCGGGACACCCUAAGCAUGGCCAUCCAUGAAGUCUACCAGGAACUCAUCCAGGAUGUCCUGAAGCAGGGCUACCUGUGGAAGCGAGGGCACCUGAGGAGGAACUGGGCCGAGCGCUGGUUCCUGCUGCAACCCAGCUGCCUCUGCUACUUCGGGAGUGAAGAGUGCAAAGAGAAGAGGGGGAGCAUCCCCCUGGAUGCACACUGCUGCGUGGAGGUGCUCGCGGACCGCGACGGGAAGCGUUGCAUGUUCUGCGUGAAGACAGCCACCCGCACGUAUGAGAUGAGUGCCUCGGACACACGCCAGCGCCAGGAAUGGACGGCCGCCAUCCAGACGGCGAUCCGGCUGCAGGCCGAGGGAAAGACGUCGCUGCACAAGGACCUGAAGCAGAAGCGGCGGGAGCAGCGGGAGCAGCGGGAGCGGCGCCGGGCGGCCAAGGAGGAGGAGCUGUUGCGUCUGCAGCAGCUGCAGGAGGAGAAGGAGCGGAAGCUGCAGGAACUGGAGCUGCUGCAGGAGGCGCAGCGGCAGGCGGAGCGGCUGCUGCAGGAGGAGGAGGAGCGGCGCCGCAGCCAGCACCGCGAGCUGCAGCUGGCGCUGGAAGGGCAGCUGCGGGAGGCGGAGCAGGCCCGGGCCUCCAUGCAGGCCGAGAUGGAGCUGAAGAAGGAGGAGGCUGCCCGCCAAAGGCAGCGCAUCCAAGAGCUGGAGGAGAUGCAGCAACGACUGCAGGAGGCCCUGCAGCUGGAGGUGAAAGCCCGGCGGGACGAGGAGGCGGUGCGCCUCGCCCAGACCAGGCUGCUGGAGGAGGAGGAGGAGAAGCUGAAGCAGCUGAUGCAGCUGAAGGAGGAACAGGAGCGCUACAUCGAGCGCGCGCAGCAGGAGAAGCAGGAGCUGCAGCAGGAGAUGGCGCUGCAGAGCCGCUCCCUGCAGCAGGCUCAGCAGCAGCUGGAGGAGGUGCGGCAGAACCGGCAGAGGGCCGACGAGGACGUGGAGGCUGCCCAGAGGAAGUUGCGCCAGGCCAGCACCAACGUGAAACACUGGAAUGUCCAGAUGAACCGGCUCAUGCAUCCCAUCGAACCUGGAGAUAAGCGGCCCGUCACCAGCAGCUCCUUCACGGGCUUCCAGCCCUCCCUGCUCGCCCGUCGUGACUCCUCCCUAAAGCGCCUGAGCCGCUGGGGAUCCCAAGGCCACAGGACUCCUUCCCCCAGCAGUGAGCAGCCAAAGUCCCUCAACGGGGGCGAGGAGUCUCCCAUCCCCACCGCCACUGCCGCUGCUGCCGCAGAAGACAAACUGGAUCCCACUCCAGAAAACUAGCUUCUCUCAGUCCUUUCUUUGUCCCAGUGUCCUCCUGCCUGCCAAGACGUGGCCACAGCAGGCCUGUGGGUGACACCAGUACCAGCAAGGAGACAGAGCUGGAGUCUUGGUCCCUGGGACCUAGACCUGCCAACCAACCUUAUGACAAUGUUGGCUGGAGCCUAGCUCAUCUUUCACACCAGCCCCAAGUCCCAGGCUACAGAAGUGAUCCAGGCCAUUGAUACUUGGGAAUUUGGCCCUGUGCUUGUAGCCCCAUGGACCCGAGGACCUGGGCUGGGAAAGAGAGUGAACAAGCAAGCCAGAGGGCAACUGCCCUCCUGGGCCACCACUAAGUGCGGAGGGACGUUUCCAAAUAAAAACUGCUCUGGGAAUGAA